CUCCCAUUAUCUCCCCCAAAAUAUUUUUGGUCUUCCGUUGAAUUCGAUGGUAAUUUAGGGCUAUAAUAAUGAUCCGAUUUACUCGUUUUCUGAUUAUGUUUCUUUGAAAUUCGAGGAAUUCAAUCUUCUUCAUUCAUUCUAUCGAUUUGUUCGAAUUCGAUCACUGUAAUUUGAGAUUUUGUUGUGUGGAGUUGAAUCGAGUUUUUGGUUUGUUUGUUUGGAAUUAGGGAUUUUGGUUUUGGUGGCGGUGGGAAAUCGAAGGGCAUCGCAUCGUUACGAUGCAUUCGGUUUCGCCUUUUGAUUUGGAUCUGUUGACUUUACCUCAAGCUGCUUCUUUCUAUGGCGUUUUGUGUUCUCAUCGUUUGAAGCCUUGGCGUAAUAGUUUUAGUUAACGUUUAAUUCGCCUUCGUCUGGUUUUUUUGUUUGUUCUUCUUCGUUUCUGUUUCAGCUGCCAUAUUUGCCGGUUUUCUGUUUGUUUCGAGGGAUUUUUCAGCUAUUUCAGAUCUUUUUCCGAGUAGUUGUAGAAAAAUCUGGUGGAAAUUUGCGUGAUUUUGCUUUAUAUCGACAUACUGAAAGAUCUUUGCUGCUCUCUUUAAUUGAUGGCCGUUUGUUCUGCUAAUUACAAGUUUGACUCUGAAAGUAUAAGUUGCUUUUGUGAGUCAUCAAAGGAGACUCUUGGUUGUGCUUCUGGCAAUCCAGGAGGUCCUUUUGCUAGUGAUCUUGCGCGCCAUUUCACUGAAUCUUUGAGGAUUGAGGAUGGUGAAGACUUGAUUUACAAGGAAGAUUCCAACAUAUUGGAGGAAGAUGGAAGCGAAGAUAUGCAUUCAAAUGACACUAACACUGGCAGUACCGACUUAGAAAAAUGCUUGAUCAAGUGUUCAGAGUUUCCAUGCUCUGCUAUGAGCACUCCCCUUGCUGAGUUGGUUCAUGUGAAGAAGGAGCAGGAGGCUAAUGCUAAAUCAACUGACUUGCCUUAUUCACGUUCCAUAUCUUCACCUACAACUUUGAAGCUUGUAUCUGCCAUUAAAGGUAGCCGUGAGAAACAAGGCAAACCACCCAAGAAGCUGUCUGUGACAUGGGCUCCGGAUGUGUAUGACCCUAUCCCGACAGCAGUUUCGCAUGUGCCAAACAAGGUACAACGUCACAGGAGUGACCACAGAAAGAAUGGGAAGAAUAAGCAGAAAAGUAAUGGCAAAUCUUCACGAGGGAGCAAAGGUAAAGACAAGAAACAAGGUCGGAAACAUGGCGGGAGUACCAAGAGGAGUUAUCAUCCUCUAGAAGAUAACCACAUAAUGACUUGUUCUAGCUUUCAUUCUCUGGAGGAUAACAUCACUGCUCAUUCUAGUGGGCUGCAGACUGGUGCCAUGGAUUAUGAUAUUGGCAGCACCCCGGAUCCAUUCUGUGGUAGUAGUUUUCUAAAGAAAUCUGUCACAAAGUUGCAUUUCCCAGUUGCAAAGGCUUCAUGAGCUUCCUUUUUAAUCGUGGUGUGUGCUCUUCUUGAUCGUUUCCUCUAGUUCUGUAAAUAAAUAAGUUUGACGCUUAACUGAGUUGUGGGAGUUGUUAAAAGAGUUGUUGUUGGCAUUUUUGUACUAAACCUUAAAACUUUUGCAUGUAGAACAGACGGAUGACUUUUUGCUUU